AUUUAUUGAAAGCAAAUUGAAAGAGGCGUGAGACCGGGCCGUUGUGCGCGAGCGCCUCUCUCUCUCGCUCUCACCACCCUGGGCGCGAGAUGGUAAACACACCUUUCAAUCAUGUACUCCACAUAACGCCUAUCCUUGAACAAAUCAUUGAGCACUUUGCACCCGACUGGCCAGACGAAUCUUUCCUAGAUGUAUCACCACAGGCAGCGGCCGAGAGGACCAAACGAACGAGAGCACAGCGCCGGAUUUUAACCGGGCUAGCAUGUGUAUGCAAGACGUUUAUGGAGCCUGCCCUCAAACUUCGUUGGCAAAAUCUGGACGAGGGUAUAAUCACUUUGUUGCGUGUUCUGCCUGCCUUCAAAAAGAUUGGAAGCUACUGUCAUGUGUGCAAUGGCUACUCGAGCGUGCUACCGAGAAGAUUACUUGGUGGCAAGUUUCGAAACUCUCGCCCAUCUCUCGCAUCUGGCACGACGGCAUCUGUCUUCCAGUCAGCGUUCAGCGCUCCGCGAACAGGCUUGAACGUACCUACUUCUGCGGCUGGCAGAGCUAGCAUACGCCGGUGGCUUGGUGAGGGGGUGAAAAGCUCCUCAGCCUACCCGUCCUGCUGUGAUAUAGUUGUGCUUACGACGGAAGAGCGGGUACGAUAUUCACGUUACCUGUCAGCCUGAGGUUGGCCUGAGGUGAACAUAU